AUGGAAGGAGAGGCGGAGGUGGAAGCGGAGGCGAGGGGAAAGAGUGUCGGAGAGGGCAUCAAGCAUGCCACGGGAACCCAGGGAGAUCGGGUUCCUGAGAUGGAAGGGAAGGUGAAGCGGAAGAGCGUCGAAUCCAGGAAGGGCAUCGAACAUGCUGCGAGGAGGAAGCACGUGAAGUCGUUAUCGGAGAUCAAGUCAGCGAUGAAGAAGGUUGCGUCGCGGGAAAACCUCACAAGAAUAAAGCUGGAGACCAAAAACAAAUUGGAUGAAAUAGAGGAGGCCAGAGAGACGGACGAGGCACCACCGAGAGCUGUGAAUGGAGCCAUGGGGAGCGACGAGUUGCCGGAGAGGAUUUCCACUUCAGGAGAUACAGAAUUAGAGAUUGAGCAAGCCAAGGAGAUGGGAGAGGAAGCCGAGGAGAGGGAUGAGGUGGCAAAAUUGGAGAUUGAGGAAGCUGAGGGGAUGGAGGAGAAGAUGCAGACUGGGAUGUUCUUUACUAUCUACUGUCGCGCCUUGGAAUCGAAUUUGUCCAGGUUGUUUAGCAGUCCCUGCAAAGAUGCGACUUCAUUGAGUCCUAUGCACUUCACACACAGUACAACGGACCGCACCUCUUAUGCUGAAUUCGCCACCAGCACUCUGCAAAUAUACUCCAUUAAAGUCGCAGUAAUAAAGGGCACUCCUGAGUUGAAGUGGCCACUGCGUGUGUAUGGCAUGGUUGCUGCCCGAGAUACCGUGGAUCACAAUCGCAACAUUCUCUUCUUGCGUCAAAGGAAUGACUGCCAGAUACUCACUCCAGAGAAUCCUUUUUUGCAAUUGACUGGCCCGUCUCGUGCAAUUGCGGCUAUAGAUCCUGUUGACUUUGACAUUAAACUCAAAGUAAAGGGCAGGAUGAAGUCAAAAGAUAGAGUGCUCAUGCAUCAGACCUCCAAGUACAGCUGUAAUGAGGCCAUUCUGUUGGAUGACUCCUGCAGAAUUGUGUUACGGUGUGCGAAACUGGAGAAGACAGUGCAAGCAACUAUAGUCGGUGUCCGUGUUAUUAAUUGGAGAAAGAAGAAAUGGCCUUUUAGACAUGGUGGUCUAGUCAUUGCCAAGGCACAUUCUAAGCCCGUUAAACCUCAGAAUGAGGUCCUGCUACAAGAUCAAGUGAUGGAUAACAUUUCAGAUGGUUACUUUCAAGGUGAAGUUAGUUGUGUUGGCGACAGAUCUUCGGCGCUGAAACAUGAAGAUGAGGUUGUGCUUCAAGGUCAAGUGACAGCUAACAAUUGGGAUGGUUGUCUUGAUCUGUCAAGGCACGUUGUUUCCGUAGAGUUAGAUGGAAAGCUCGAAGUCAUCAUCCGUGCCCUGUCUUCAAAUGGUUUUGUUACUAAACAUGGCCAUGUCUUCUUUCCAGCCCAGGAAAGCAAAAUAAGUCGGGGCAUAUGUGAUCUUGCCUCCUAUAAGGUGGAAGUCGCUGUUGCUUGGUCCCUUCUUGUUCGAGACAAGCAGUUUAUCUCGAGGGAGGGAUGUAUGGAUGAUGACUAG